GAACUUCUUUCAAAAUUCGCGGUCUCCAUAAAAAUGAAAAUCUUUUUUUGCACCCUGGUCAUUGUCUUCACGACAUUUCUUAAUUCUGUUCAAUCAGCUAAACCACCACGAGUAACAAAUGAAACAGACCUAGGACAAUUUCGGAAUGGCCAAAUAGUGAAGCUGCAGGGUUUUAGAGAAUAUCGUAUAGUGGACGAUAGGAGGCUUCGGAGACUAGAUGCAGCUGAACGGGACAUUUUGGAGUUUAUUAAAAGUCAAAAUCCGCAGACACCAGAAAGAUAUUUUGUACCGUUAUACAAACCUGAGCCUGGAAAUAAGCUGAUGCGUUUAGUACAUACUCCUCAUUGGCAUCGUGUUCAUGUUGGGACAGUCGACAGUGAAGGGAUCAUUCGAAGUCCAAAUGGUACAGCUAUAGAACCUUCAGAAAAUGAUCAUUUGAAAAACAGUCUUGAUCAGACUGUUGGAAUGCGUAUGGCUAACAGAUGGCACCGUUUGAGUGAUUAGACAUCAUAAGUAAUGAAGUGAUAUGGCAGUUCAAUUAUUAAAAGUACUGAUGAAGUUUGUGAAAAUUAGUAUAAAUAGUAUAAUCCACCUUGGACAGAUGUAUUUUGGAUGAAGACUUUUAUAAGUAAAAUAGUUUGUGAAACACAUUGCAAAAGAUUUGGCUCCUUCCUGGCGGUUUUUGUCACAAAUGUGUUUUUCCGGUCGGGUUGCACUGAAGCACAAUUCUAUGGAAGUGCAGGCAAAUGCGAGGAGCUUGUAAAAAUUAAGUUGAUAAAUAAAUGGUAUUUCUGGAA